GAGGGGAAUAUUGCUUGCAAAAGCCAAAAUAAACAUGGCUCUGUUUCUGAGCAAUCUUCUCUUGUUGAUUUAAUGGUAUAAAUGUGCUUAGGCCGUUUCUCCAGGUCUACACUGCAAGCUAAACCUCUGCGUGAACAGGAAGCACCAGAGUGCCAAAUGGGGCCUUUACGAAGAGGAAGCUUGAUAGGGCAGCUCAGUUUAACCACAGCUGGAACAUUUCCCAAGCAUGUGAAAAUUGUUGAGGUUGGUCCACGGGAUGGUUUGCAGAAUGAAAAGAAUAUUGUUCCCACUCGGGUGAAAAUUGACUUAAUCAACAUGCUCUCAGAGACGGGUCUUUCCGUUAUAGAAGCCACCAGUUUUGUCUCUCCAAAAUGGGUACCACAGAUGGCUGACCACACAGAAGUUAUGCAAGGCAUCCGGAAGGUCCCUGGGGUCAGCUAUCCUGUUCUGACACCCAACCUCAAGGGAUUUGAAGCAGCGGUGGCAGCCGGAGCCAAGGAAGUGUCAAUCUUCGGAGCAGCUUCCGAGGCCUUCACAAAAAAGAACAUCAACUGUUCCAUAGACGAGAGUCUGCAAAGGUUCGGCGAUGUUCUGCAGGCAUCAAAAGGAGCCAGUAUUCCCGUCCGAGGCUACGUCUCCUGCGUUCUCGGCUGCCCUUAUGAAGGAAAGAUUUCUCCCGCUAAAGUGGCAGAGGUGUCAAAGAAAAUGUACACAAUGGGGUGCUAUGAGAUUUCCCUCGGCGACACUAUUGGUGUGGGGACCCCCGGCAACAUGAGGGAGAUGCUUUCUGCCGUCAUGAAAGAGGUGCCUGUCGAAGCUCUCGCGGUUCAUUGCCAUGACACGUACGGACAAGCUCUUGCCAAUACACUGGUAGCGCUUCAGAUGGGUGUGAAUGUGGUUGAUUCCUCAGUUGCUGGCCUUGGAGGCUGUCCUUAUGCCCAAGGAGCAUCAGGAAACGUGGCAACAGAAGACAUGCUGUACAUGCUGCACGGCCUUGGGAUCCACACAGGUGUGGAUUUAUCAAAGCUCCUUGAAGCAGGAACUUACAUCUGCAAGGUGCUGAACCGGAAGACCAGUUCAAAAGUUGCACAGGCCAGUUGCAAACUGUGAAGUAGAUCCGUGCCUUUCCUGGACUUGCUGGGAUGAAAACUGCAUGGCAGUCUGGAAAUUGCCAUGUUAGUAUUUGCUCCCCUAACUUUAUUUAAGCACUCUCGAAUGACCCAGACCUUAAAGAUAAGAAGAUGGAAGAAUGUAGAACACCAUAUCUACCCAUCAGACAUGUUGGCUGUAUUUGAAGAUGGAUGUUGCAGUUAUUUUAAAGAGCAAAUGUAUUAUUCUUGCCCUUGUUUUUGACCUAAGAUUCUUGUUCUUGAAAUCUGUUUUGUAUCUAGGGCCAUCACACUGCCCAUGCUGGGCUUUCUAAAGGUCCUAACUGUCAGGACAAGCUUUGAUAAGCUCUUGGAUCAUUAUGAUCCUUUUUAGAUGCAGUGGUCCUGGGGAAUUCUGGGAGUUGAAGUCCACACAUCUUAAAGUAGCUGAAGUUGAGAAACACCACUCUAUAGUGUUCGUUUUGUCAAGCACUGAAGCAAAAGAUAAGCUGGGAUUUCUCUCCAAAUAAAAAAAAUAUUUUUACUCUGGA